AUGCCAAACUCGAGUGUUGCCAAGAAAGGGAAGAAGAGGCCCAAGGUCAAGGGAUGCCACGAAUGUGCUCGACGCCGCAUUGAUUGUGAUCGGAAUGAGCCCGAGUGCUAUAAAUGCCGAGCAAAAGGCGUCAAGUGCAGCGGUCUUGGAAUCAGGUAUCGCUUCAACGAGGGUGUGGCUUCUCGAGGGAAACUUGCUUACAAGCUUGUUCCCGACACGCUUUCAUACAAGAAAGAUCCAAGUCCAACUGCCAAAAAGGACGAAGAACCUUGUUCUCCCGAUGACAAGGUUGUCGAGACAACGCCACUGCCGAAGUCAAAUUCCCCUGAUGCGGAUAAUCUAGCCGAGGAUGAAGAUAUCGCAACAACUGACAGCAAACUUUGGGACUUGGACUGGGGGCUUGAUCAUAUUGACGGGAGGACCCGUUUCUUUCUUCAGUAUUUCUCGGAUCAUAUCGCCCAGAUCACGGCCGUCAUCAACCUUGGCUUCAAUGGCUACCGAGAUUUGGUACUUCCCUACGCCGAGCUCGACUCCAUGAUCAGAAAAGCCAUUGUAGUCGUCGCAGAGCAACACCUUGCCUUGAAAACUAAUAGCUGUGCCCCUUACUCACCUACAUACGGCAGUCUUCUUCGUGAUCUCGUUGAACGGUCGAAUCAAUGCCCUCCGGUUCAAGAUGAGCUAGCCCAGACGGCGCUCCUCUUACUGCACAUCAGAGAGAUGAUCAGUGGAAGCGACAACUUCAAGUUAAUAUAUGGUUCAUUACGCACACUUAUCAAGAACAUGGUUCUCGAGCAGAACUUGGAAAGCGAGAACUUGGUGCUCGGACGCUUCGUCAAGAUCCAAAUUCUACGGGUCUCUCUAUUUGGGGAAUCGCUCUUUGACGAGGCAAACGGAUCCGAAUUCCUCUUGACUCACGGCGAGGCAUGCCUCGAGUUUCUGCGAUUCUGUCUGAGGCUACACCCCGAGCAUGAGGAGCUAAUGUCAUACAUCUUUGAUCUCAUCACCAUGGCCUGUGACAUUUACGUCCAAAGAGCCACAAACAAUCCCCCGAUGCAUCAGACAGUCCAAUCGGUCGAGAGAUUCAAGCAGAUUGCAAACAAAGUCAACACAUACGACAAUAUCAUUGGCCGGCAUCUUCUAGCAUGGGCAUACUUUGUCGUUGCAGCUGAGAGUUCUACAGACAGUCAUCGCGAGUUCUUUCUCGAGCGAUUGCAGACACUUCACUCUCUGACGGGGUGUGGCAACGUUCUCAGAGCCAUAGAGCAAAUUCGGGGAUUCUGGGCUGUUCAAGGGACUACCAGGUGGACUCGACUUCUUGGAGGGCCAAAUCAAGCAUUAAUCAUGUGA